UUGGCACCAUGAUGGGCGCUUUCGGCCGCUUUGGCCAUGCACAUUACGUGCUGAACGUGCUCUUGAUCUCGAGCUAUGGCGUCGCCCGGAUCACGCGCACUAGCGCGAAGCUGGCGGAGAAGGAGGAAUGGCUUGGAUUAACAAGGGAGCAACAAAUUCUGUUCGUCUUGGUCGGGUCCAUCCUCUUCAACUACCGCAAGAAAGCAACGGUCGACGGAGUCAUUGCCAUGGCCUUUCUGUAUGCGAAAGGCUCGAUUGGCGGGCUCUUCUACCUUUUGGACCCGACGUUAUUUGCAUGCUACGCCAUCGCCGCCGUUCUGAUCUUCUUGGUCGUGCCGUACCCAAAGUACGCAGGUCCACACAAGUCGACGACGUUGACGGGUGCCUUUUUCAACGAGCAUGUUCGAAAUGGAAGCAGUGGGACGUGGCUAGUGUAUUUGCAUGCCGACUGGUGCGACGAGUGUCUGUACCACGACGCCAUGUUUGCCGACCUGUCCCUAGCGCAUGGCACCGACGCCGUCCGAUUUGGCCGGCUCGACGUGGAAGCAUACCCUGACAUUGCCAAGGAAUUGAACAUCGACAUGAACGCCACCACGACAAAGCAGCUACCGUCUCUCGUGCUCUUCGAGGGCGGCAAAGAAACCAAACGCCUUCCGCGCUUCGACCAUACCGGCGCCGUCGUGCGCACGAAGUUGGAUCUGACUGGCGUGGCCGUGUACUUUGGCUUCCAGGGCCUUCCCCAGAAAAAACACAAGUAAAUAAUGUGCAUAUUUCACCAAAUUUAGACUUGUGACGGA